AAUAAUAAUAAUAAUAAUAAUAAUAACAACUUUAUUUUUAUAUCCUGCUCCCAUCUCCCCAGAGGGGACUCGGGGCUGCUCACAUGGAGACAAGCCCAGUUUCAACAUACAAUAAAAUACAGCAUAAUUAAACCAAUGUAAAACAGGUAAGGUCCCAGGUUCAAACCCCGGGAGCGGUGUGAGCGGCCGCUGUUAGCUCCAGCUCCUGCCAACCUAGCAGUUCGAAGACAUGCCAAUGUGAGUAGAUCAAUAGGUACCACUCUGGUGGGAAGGUAACGGCACUCUAUGCAGUCAUGCUGGCCACAUGACCUUGGAGGUGUCUACGGACAACGCCGGCUCUUCGGCUUAGAAAUGGAGAUGAGCACCAACCCCCAGAGUCAGACAUGACUGGACUUAACGUCAGGGGAAACCUUUACCUUUACUUAAAACAGGUAAAAUAGUAUAAACAUACAACCAGCAUAAAACAUCAACAUCAAAACAUUAGAACGUUAGCGUCUGAGCAUAAUAUACAAACUGUAAGAUAAAAUUCAGCAGACUCUACAAGAGGGAAUUAAAGAUCUCAUUACAGGAUGAGUGGAGGUUGGCUAAGAGAAACUCUACUAUAUAUUUGUGGAAUGUCUAGGGUGGGAGAAAGAAAGAACAGUUGUCUGUUUUAAGCACUGUGAAUGUUGCAAUUAGCAAGCUUGAAGACACAUUCUGGCAACUUCUGGUGCCAACCAUUUUGGGAAAGGGAUGUUAUUUAGCUUGUGUGGCGGAUGGGUCCAGAUUGGAUGCCUGUGUGGCCAGAAAGGGAUGUCAGCACCUUGGUCAGCGCCUGCUUUCCUCCUGGCUUGCCUUGCCUCCCUGUUGCCCCACCAAACCAAGGCAGCUCUCCCUCCUCCUUCCUCCUCCUCCUCCUCCUCCUUUCUGCUCGUCCAUUGGUUCGCUGGAGAGUGAGAGGAGAUCCCCCUUCGACCCACCUCCUCUCCAACAUAGUCUCCUUUCCCCCAAAGCCUUGCUCCAGGAAGGAGGAGAAGGAAGGAAGGAAGGAAGGAAGGAGGAGAGUCCCUCCAAGCAGCCCUUUCUCCUGGUUCCCAAGGCAGCAGCCAUGAACCUCAACUUCACCUCGCACUCGCUCUCUUCCCACCGGGGCCCGACCUCCUUCUUCAUCGAAGACAUCCUGCUCCACAAACCCAAACCUCUCCGGGAAAUGGCUCCGGAGCCUUUCCACGCCCGGGUCCCUCUCCUGGACUACGGCUACCCCUUGAUGCCCCCGCCGGCCCUCUUGGCCCCCCACCCUCACCACCCUCUCCACAAACCCGACCACCACCACCAUCACCACCACCCGCCUUAUUUCCUCACCGCUUCGGGGCUCCCGGUGCCGGCGCUCUUCCAGCCUCACCCGCAGAGCGAGCUGCCCGGGAAGCACUGCCGCCGCCGCAAGGCCCGCACCGUCUUCUCCGACUCGCAGCUCUCCGGCCUGGAGAAGCGCUUCGAGGUGCAGCGCUACCUGUCCACGCCCGAGCGGGUCGAGCUCGCCACCGCCCUCAGCCUCUCCGAGACCCAGGUCAAGACCUGGUUCCAGAACCGAAGGAUGAAGCACAAAAAGCAGCUGAGGAAGAGCCAGGAGGAGCCCAAAGGCCUGGCGGGGGAAGGCGCGGAGUCCGGGGCCAACAGCGACACAGAGUUGGGGGCCUCGGAGAAACCCAGUGUUUCCUCUUCCUCCUCCUCUUCUUCCUCCUCCUCUUCCUCCUCCUCUUCUUGCAAAGGAGCCCCUCCACAGCCUCCUGCUUACCUUCUGGAGGAAACUGAAGACGAAGUGGAUAUCAUAGAAGGGGCUGAGCUGUGUGGGGCCCCCCAGCACCUCAUUUAGGGGUCCCAAUAGGGUCGCCUUCCCCUUUCCCACCCUCUUGACCCCCUCUGAUCCCUAUCUUGGUUCAAAACUCUCACAGGACAGGAAGGAAUGGCUUGUUCUCCUUCUUCACUGGCCCUGAAGGAGGGAAGGAGUGCAUCUUCAUGACAUAUUUGGCAUAGUCGGCAGGAUUUCUGACAGAGAAAGCAGAGUAUGACACAUCCACAUAUGCACAUGCUUACACGUCCUCAGUUUUGACCCAUUGACCCAAAGGGCCAGGACUUGAAAGGAAUGGGGUCUGAGACUUCAUUAGAAAAAAAAACCACAUACACAAAUAAAACCCCCAUAUUUUGAUAUAUUAUUGUUAUUAUUAUUAUUAUUAUUAUUAUUAUUAUUAUUAUUAUUAUUAUUAUUAUUAUUUUAUUGUAUGACACAGCAAACAAGAUAGAUAUGCUGGAUUUCGUAUCACAAAAUCACAAGUCGAACACUUCCCAAGUGUCUAGGACUGUGUGAUGUAUUUUCGGAUGAUGUGCGCAGAUCCCAGUUGGGUGGCCUUUUGCAGUUGGCAGAUCGUAAUUUUGUCAAUGUGUAUUGUUUCCAAAUGCCGGCUGAGAUCUUUUGGCAUGGCACCCAAUGUACCACCCAAUAAUAAUAAUAAUAAUAAUAAUAAUAAUAAUAAUAAUAAUAAUAAUAAUAAUCAAAGGCUUUCAUGGCCAGAAUCACAGGGUUGUUGUGUGUUUUCCGGGUUGUAUACCUCACAACCUCUGAGGAUGCCUGCCAUAGAUGUGGGCGAAACAUCAGGAGAGAAUGCUUCUGGAACAUGGCUGCUAUUAUUAUUAUUAUUAUUAUUAUUAUUAUUAUUAUUAUUAUUAUUGUCAAAGGCUUUCAUGGCCAGAAUCACAGGGUUGUUGUGUGUUUUCCAGGCUGUAUGGCCAUGUUCCAGAAGCAUGCGCUCCUGACGUUUCGCCCACAUCUAUGGCAGGUAUCCUCAGAGUGUGUGCCAUAGAUGUGGGCAAAACAUCAGGAGAGAAUACUUCUGGAACUUGGCUGCUAU